AUGUCCGCUCCUCCUCCGGACAGAUCAGCGCCGCCGCCCGCAGCCAGUGGCCGCCCGCCACGUGGCGCUCCGCCGCCCGCCGCCGCCGCGGCCUGCGGAGCCCAGGGAGGGCUCGCGCGAGCCCGCGCCCCCACCGCGGUCUGCCUCCUCACCUCUCUGCCCGCGCCCCUCGCCGUCCUCCGGCCACAGCCCGGUCGCCGCCCCGCCCGGAGCUCGCCCCUCGCGGUGGCCCCGCGCCAUGGAUCCAAGCCGCCACCGCCGCCCUUGGAGCUCACCGUCGCCGGAUCUACAGCACCGUCGCCGGAAACGAAUGGAUCGGGCGAAUCCUCUCCGGAUCCGCGCUUCCCGGCGCCUCUACGGCCUUCCCUCGCCGGCCCCGCUUCGCCGGAGUACCACGCCGCCGCGCCAUGGCCUCCUGCUC